AACAUCAGCGACAAAAAAAAAUGAAGCGUUUUCGCAGGAUACUGGUAGAGAAAAUCAGGACAGAACAUGUAAUUCCUUGUUUCCUGGCUGAUUUGAGGUUUGCCUUGCGGGUCCUCUUGGCCUGCAGUGAACCGAUCCAGCCGGACUCGCACCUUAUUAAAGGCAAGAAGAUUAAAGAUCAAACGGCCGCAGCCAGUUUGCGUUCAUGAGGAUGACGAGGGGAAGAGAGACGGAGAUGAGUUGUGACAAGUCCCGUGGUUCAUGAGUCUGUCAAGUCGAGCUGCGAUGCGUCAAACCCGGUGAAUCACCAGCACCGAGGAGGAGGAUAACGAAAGAAGAAGAAGAGAAAGAGCCGGGGAUGGGAAGGAAGGAAGGGAGGAAGGAGGAAAGGGGAGGAAAGGGAGAAAAGGGUAGAAAAAGAGGAGGAGGCGGAGGUACAAAAAGCCUCCGCCGUCAUUCAGUCUGUCACACAGACCACCAAGUCAGCGGAGUGUCAAUAUUUCAGCUCCAUCUUUCAUUUAUCAAUGCGCGAGUGAAGCGACGUCACACGGGAUUUUCUCCAGAACUGGGGCGAGCACAUUUAAUUAAGGAUUUUUCCUUUUUUUUAAAAAACAAAAAACAGAAGAGCGACUUGAUCUAAAAGACGCUCUUAAAUUCGCCUGUGGAUGAACUUCUGAGAGCGCACUGAACGGAAUAAAAGGAUUUGGAGAAAAUGAGAAGAUUUGGCGAAGUUCAUCAACACCAGCUCGUCAUGCUAUUGGCCGUUGCCAUGGCGAUGGCUGCGGAUCCUUCCCACAACUUGGCCAGCGAGAGGAGCUCAAUAGAAAGUACAUAUGAGCUGACCAAAUACCUGGAGUAUCAGCUCAAGGAAAUCAAAGACGUAUACCUGACCUAUCUCGGCCCUCCAUUCAAUGAGAAAGACUUCUCCCCUCCACGACCCAACAGCACUGCUCUGACUUUGCCGAGUGCCGCCACCCGACUGGAGCUGUGGCACGGCCUGGAGAACCAGGCCCGGCUCGCCCAGAACCAGAAAGCCUACUCUGUCCUGCUGGCGGCUGUCAGGGAGUUGGCCAGCUCCACCCUCUGCCCCUCCCUCAAAACCUCCUUGCUGCACUUCUGCACAGGUCUGGAUGGACUUCUUGGCUCCAUAUCUGCACUGAUGACCACACUCGGUUACGCACUUCCUCCUCAGUCUGCAAGCAUGCGAAUUAACGCUGGGGAGCUGCAGAGGGGGACCGGAGGCAACCGACCGGCUCCGCUCAUGAGCCAGAGUCUGUACAGAUCCAGAGCUGGAACCAGGACGGAGUCUGGUCAGCGUAACGGUCAAAGAAGAAGUGGCACGAAGGUGGUGAGAGGAGAGAGGGAAGAUGGUGUCAAUGUGGAUAUAAUGGAAAAAAGGAGAGGGAAAGAGGGGAGGCGAACGGAGAUGACUGGAGCUGGAGGAAGGAAUGGUGGAUUGAGGGAGAAGGGGAAGGGAGAAAGAGGUAGAAGAGAGAGGAGGGAAGAGCCAGAGAGGAGGAAAUGGGCUGCCGGGAUGGAGGAAGAGGGAUUGGUCGAGACUUGGAGUAGCAGAAGAAGGUUGUUGAGCAUCAGUGAAAGUGGAGAAGAGAAGGAGGAGGAACCGAAGUUUGAGGUGUCGUACCUGGACACAGACGUCUCCAGCCUCCACCCACAACAAACCAACAAUCAGUACAGCUACAACCUGAACUCUCAUCACGCAGACUCACUCAGAGAGGAAGAUGGAUACAUUGCAGAGCAGCACCGGGGGUUCAUGGUGGUGGAGGGGAAGCAGAUGGACGCCACCUCCUCUUCCUCCACUGUCCAUCAGCAGCAUCGCCGGGAUCCUCGCUCCCUCCUCUCCCCCACCCUCCCACCUCCUCUGUCCACACUCUCCCUCCUGUACCAGUUUGGAGGAGGCGAGGAACACACCCUCCUCCCCCAGCCCGUCCCUCUGUCUUUACGAAGGGGCACCUCCCUCCUCUCACCUCCUUUGAGUCCCCUCUUCUCCUCCUCCUCCUCCUCCUCCUCCACUUCCUCGUCUUCCCUGCUGUCCGUGCGGCCGACAAUGAACGACUUUGCCAGGAAGGUGGAGGGUUUCUGGAUACUGCGAGAGCUGCAGAGCUGGCUGUGGCGGUCGGCGAAGGACUUUAACCGUCUCAAGAAGAGACUCCGAGGCUGAGACGUUUGGACACUGAGACACACAGAAGUGCAGUAUAUCGGAAAUCUAUUGUUUGCACAGAAUCUGGGUGGAAAUCGAACAGACAAAAACACAUAAACACACUCAUGCUUAACUCAUUCAUUCAUACCGUACUGGAAUAAGUGAAUGAAGGACAAUUUGGGGAGGUCACCAGAAGUGCUAAUGGAACAUAAGACACACAAAGCCAACACAUUACCAGCACUGUCACCCUCCUGAUGCACAUAGCAGCUCAUUGAACGAGACUCACUGAGACUGGCCUGAGUUACCGGACUUCACGGCUCAUAGAUCAACAGAAAUACCACUGUAGGUGGUUAGACUCACACAUCCAGGCGGGGGCAGACUGAGUGACAGGCAGCGACACAGACAGUGCAGCCAUUGAGGGAAAGCUGAUUCAGUGACCCCCAGAUGCGUGAAUCAGCAAACAUUCAUUUUCUCUAAAGGAAGAAGGGAAACUUUAUGAAUGGGCAAAAGACAAAAGGGUGAGGAAAAAUGGCUGGAGGGAGGAUGAGGGCACAGAGGAGGAGGGACAGACGCAGAAAAAGGAGAGGAAGCUGAGAGAGGGCAUGAGUCAGGGGAUGAGCACUGGAAAUAACCAGCAGAGGGGUACUGCUGAGUAAUCACAAGUCGACCGGUCAGUUACAGUAACCCUACAACAGCGCUACACACUGUCCAGACACAGUGGUCACACUUACUGUGGCAUCGUGUGGCUUAACAUACCCUUCACUUCCAAAAAAAGCACAGUCAUGUACAAAGAAAUAAUUUAUCAUUUUGGGGAAAUGCGCUGACCGUUACAUCACUCUCAAAUUUGUACAAUAAAUGUGAGGAUAGAGCCAGCAGUCGUUUAGCUUAGCUUAGCAUAAAGAGUGGAUACAGGGUAAAAAUCAAAGUGAAAUUCUGUUAAAAAGCACAUUUAAAGAGAUUUUUAAAAUGGUAGAAUCAAAUAGCUGUAGAGUUAAAAUAGCAAGCAAUAAAACAUUAAAACUCAAUGGCUACAAGUCAGAUAAUAAUAACUGAAGGUCACAACACAGAAUGAGAUGGAGGACAGACGAAAUAGUUUGACUCUGCUGGAGAUAAAUAAAAAUCAGAAGAGGUGGAUCACUGUGACCUAGUGUCAACUUCAUCUAGCAAAAUAAAAGGAAAUUCUAUUUUUAAAAAAACUUCUUUCGAUAUAAGAAACUGACAUACUCUUCGACUUGGUCAGUGUCACAAGUCAAAGAGUGUGUCAGUUCCCUCAUUUUGAUGCAGGAAGUGGUAUCUUAAACACUUUUUUAUCGAAUAUUCUUUUCUUUUGCUAGAUGAAGUUGCCGCUAGGUCGCACUGACAGAAACUUUAAAAUUUUUAAAAGUCAGAACAGGCCUUACACCAAAAGGCAAAUUCAGAAAUGUGGGACAGUCAUCAAAGUCUCUUAUUUUGUGCCAAGAGCAUCUGGUUGGUUCGCCUCAGUCCAGUAAUACAAGAGUUGUGCUAAGGAAGGUGGUGGCAACCCAUUUAAACCCUCAAAGCAAACUAUAAAAUCUGAAAAUCAUUCCUGAAACAGACAGGUAUCCAGUGAAGGGAGGUCAGUACUGGUGAUGUGUGAUCACACGCUUUCUUUUUUCCUAUCAAAAGAUGAUCGUACACAUUUUGUACCAGCAGCAGAUGCUCAAGAGAUAAUUGCUCUACACCCACAGACAAAGAAUUAGUGGUCUAACCUAAAGGUAAUACAGACCUGCAGAACUGUUUCAUUAGCUUUAGGACAGAGAUAUGCCUUUACCUUUUUUGAGCAUUGCACUGAUACAUUUGUGAAAUUUGAAGGAUCAUUCCAAGGUUUUACACAAAGAUCGAUUGUAUGAAGCCAAAGAGCCCGGAGUGCCUUCAGGUCAUCCAUAAAGUCUUUAAUCCUGUUUUCAUUCAGACUGUAAAAUUUUAUAUCCCUCCAGGUUUUAAAGUCUUUGAAACAAUCCAGCAAGUGCUACAUAGAGACUUGUUAGUUUUAAGGGCAGAUAUAUUUGUAUAUAGUUAAAGUGGACCCCAAGGGUGGCAAAUUCCACCCGGCAGCACCUGUAGAUUUGAUUUGAAAUAAAUAAUAUCUAAUUUAUUUAAUCCAGAAGAAACCUAAAGUGUAAAAGACCUGUGGGUCAACAGGUCACUGUUGCUUGUUCAAAACCUCUCCAUAAAAUGUUGAAAUGCUGCUUUUAACUUAUGAAUUAUCAACUGUUCUUUGUUAGGACGUCGUGCCAGCAUUCCUCCGAAAACGCAAAUUGUCAUUUUUAGAUUUAACAAGAUACAAUAUGUGAGCUGUGAGCAGAUGUUUUUAAACCCAUGGACAGUGCCAUUUAGCAGUUUCUCUCUGCUUCCAUGCUUAAUUCAUACUUCUGUGUUAAGGCUGUGUAUCAGAGCUGCAGCAGCUAUGAGCACAGACUCUGCUGAUAUGUGCCUCCUCAGAAAAGUUUCGGGCUGUGUGAACUAAAAUUGGUCGACAUGAGCCGCUUGUGUUUUCUGCUGCAAAAUUCUGAUGAAGAACAGUGACAACGACUUAAAGCAAGUUGGAGAAAUGCUCAGUUUUAUCAACAUCAGUGCCUAAAUGUUGAACUGGUCCUUUAAUUAACUUCACGUUCCUGAACACGGAGAUUAAACAUACUGAGAUUUCAUCCCUGGCAAGUAAACAGAUUUCUUUUUCAGAAUAAAUCUUGUUAUGUGUUUGCAAUGUGCCUUAGAUGAUAUGGCUAAAGGUUCAUAUCUAUACUAUUUAUUGAACAAGAUGUUUAUUUAUUUUUUUCUCCAGUGUGAAAAUACUGUACUGUAACUCAAGAGAGAAUAAAUACUAGCUUUUGUACAGA